CGCCCGCCCUGCCUCACCCUCCUGUCCUGGCACAGGUGCGGGAGAUGCUGCGGAUGCGGGACUCCAACGGGGCGCGCAUGCUGAUCCUCAUGACCGAGCAGUUCCUGCAGGACCCGCGCCUGGCCCUGUGGCGGCAGCAGGGCGCCGGCAUGACCGACAAGUGCCGGCAGCUCUGGGACGAGCUGGGAGCCCUGUGGGUCUGUGUCAUCCUGAGCCCCCACUGCAAGCCAGAGGAACGGGCAGGCUGGCUCCAGCUGCUUGGCAAGUGGGACAAGCUCGACACGUGCCCGCUGGAAGAGGGCAACUACUCCUUUGACGGCCCCAGCCUGCAGCCCCCUACGGUCCCCAACCCAGGCUCGGAGGAGGAGGAAGAAGAGGAGUUGGUGGUGGCAGCCACCAGUUCCCGCCACACGGUGUUUGGCCGUGCCCUGCGGGCUGGACAGCUGCACUGGAGUGACGCCCACCUGCAGAGGAUCCUGGCCAGCGACUCCUAUGGCCCCAGCCUCACAGGCAGCAGCAUGGGCGGCGACAAGCCGACCUUCGACUCCCAGGGCCGCCCCCUCUGGCUGGGUGAACCUUUUCCCACCGCCUGUGCCCGUGUGGACACCCUGCGUGCCCACGGGUACCCCCGCCAGGCCCUGCGGCUGGCUGGUGCCAUUGUCAACACACUCCGGCUGCAGCGGCGGCACCAACUUGAGAGCUAUAAGCAGCAGAAAAAAGAGCUGCUUCAGAAAGGUUCCACCUGCAUCACCAACACGGAAGGAUGGGUGGGCCACCCCCUGGACCCCAUUGGCUGCCUCUGCAGGGCGCUCCUGGAGGCCUGUCGCCUGGAGGAGGAGACCCUCGCCCUUUACCCAGACUCAGGCCCUGAGAAGCGGAAGGCGGCCUACCAGCACGUGCCCGUGCCCGGGAGCCCUGGGGAGUCCUACUUGGCCCUGGCGCUGGAGGUGGCCCUGCUGGGGCUGGGACAGCAGCGGGCCCUGCCGGAGGGGCUGUACGCCCAGGACAAGGUGGUGCGCAACGAGGAGCAGCUGCUGGUCCUGCUGGAGGAGGUGGAUUUGGAUGAGCGCCUGGUGCAGGUGCUGCGCAAGCAGGCGGGGCUGCUGCUGGAAGGGGGUCCCUUCAGCGGCUUCGGAGAGGUGCUGUUCCGGGAGAGCGUGCCCAUGCACACCUGUGCCCGCUACUGUUUCACCGCGCUGCUGCCUCAUGACCCCGACCUGGCCUAUCGCCUGGCACUCCGAGCCAUGAGGCUGCCCGUCCUGGAGACGGCGUUUCCGGCUGGAGACCCUACCCCCAACCCUCUGGACUCCAUCAUGAGCAACCGCUUCCCCCGCUGGUUCAUCCUCGGCCACCUGGAGACCCGCCAGUGCGAACUGGCCUCCACCAUGCUGACAGCCGCCAAGGGAGACCCCAAGUGGCUGCACGCGGUGCUGGGCUCCAUCCAGCAGAACAUCCACUCUCCAGCCCUGCUCUUCAAGCUGGCGCAGGACGCCUGCAAGACGGCCACCCCAGCCAGCGUGCCUCCGGACAUCACACUGCUGGGCAUCGCGCUGGAGCUGGGCCUGCAGGUGAUGAGGAUGACCCUGAACACCAUGACCUGGCGGCGGAGGGAGAUGGUGCGCUGGCUGGUCAGCUGCGCCACGGAGAUCGGCCCGCAAGCCCUGAUGAACAUCAUGCAGAACUGGUACUCCCUAUUCACGCCGGUGGAGGCAGCCACCAUCGUGGCGGUCACGGGCACCACGCACGCCACGCUGCUGCGACUGCAGCUGGACACGCCCCGGCGGGAGGAGCUCUGGGCCUGCGCCCGCACCCUGGCCCUGCAGUGCGCCAUGAAAGACCCUCAGAACUGCGCCCUGCCGGCCCUGACCCUGUGCGAGAAGAACCACGCGGCCUUCGAGGCGGCCUACCAGAUCGUGCUGGACGCGGCGGCCGGCGGCCUGGGCCACGCGCACCUCUUCACCAUGGCGCGCUACAUGGAGCACCGCGGCCUGCCGCUGCGGGCCUACAAGCUGGCCACGCUGGCCCUG